GCUGGCCGGGCUGUCCCAGCGACAAACAGGAGCUGUGACAGAGGUGGCUAUUGUUCUGCCCCUUCUUAUCUAAAUGGAGCAAAUAUCCUGUAUGUAAAAUAUAUAUAUUUUCAUCAAGAAGGCAGGACCAGCGUAGAGACGAAGGUUUCCUCCUCGAGUGACUUCACUUCCCAAAAUUAGCAGAAAAAAACGUUUCAUCCGGUUAACUGUCUCUUUUUCGCUCUGCUGCAAGAAGGAAAGUUAAAAAAAGAGAGAGACCGAGAGAGAGGGAGGGAGGGAGAGAGAGGGGGAGAGGGGGUACGGAGAGAGCAACAAAACCGCUGGAAGGGCAGCGAGAAGAGCGAAAAGAGAGAGAAGGAUAAAAAACUUCAGGAGGCGUCAGUCGCAGGCUAAACCGGGUCAAUGUGUGGAAUAUUGCUGGUGCCGGCUGGAAGUUAUUCCCGAUGGACGGCACUAUUAAGGAGGCUCUGUCGGUGGUGAGCGACGACCAGUCCCUGUUCGACCCCACGUACGGCGCGGCCGCGCAGCUCCCCAAGGACAUGACGGCCUCCGGCAGCCCCGACUUCGGGCAGCCCCACAAGAUCAACCCCCUGCCCCCCCAGCAGGAGUGGAUCAACCAGCCCAUGAGGGUCAGUGUCAAACGGGAGUACGACCACAUGAACGGAUCCAGGGAGUCCCCUGUGGACUGCAGCGUGAGCAAGUGUGGCAAGCUGGUGGGAGCAGGGCCCGAGUCCAGCCCCAUGAGCUACAGCACCUACAUGGAUGAGAAGAACGGGCCUCCCCCCAACAUGACCACCAACGAGAGGAGGGUCAUCGUCCCCGCAGAUCCCACCCUCUGGACCCAGGAGCACGUGCGCCAGUGGCUGGAGUGGGCAAUCAAGGAGUACGGCCUGAUGGAGAUCGACACCACCAUCUUCCAGAACAUGGACGGCAAGGAGCUCUGCAAAAUGAACAAGGACGACUUCCUGCGCACCACCUCCCCCUACAACACAGAAAUUCUGCUGUCUCACCUCAGUUACCUCAGGGAAAGUAGCUCACUGCUGGUCUACAACACUCCAUCCCACACAGAUUCCUCACGUCUUGCCACCAAAGAAGGCCCUCCUGUGGCAGGGACACAAAAUGUGAAUAAGACAACGGAGCAGCAGCGGCCCCAGCCAGAUCCCUACCAAAUCCUGGGGCCUACCAGCAGCCGUCUUGCCAAUCCAGGGAGCGGGCAGAUCCAGCUGUGGCAGUUCCUGCUGGAGCUGCUGUCGGACAGCUCCAACUCCAACUGCAUCACCUGGGAGGGCACCAACGGCGAGUUCAAGAUGACGGACCCCGACGAGGUGGCGCGGCGCUGGGGCGAGAGGAAGAGCAAACCCAACAUGAAUUAUGACAAGCUGAGCCGGGCGCUGCGAUACUACUACGACAAGAACAUUAUGACCAAAGUGCACGGCAAGAGGUAUGCCUACAAAUUUGACUUUCACGGCAUCGCCCAGGCCCUGCAGCCCCACCCCACCGAGUCCUCCAUGUACAAGUACCCGUCGGAUCUGUCCUACAUGCCGUCCUACCAUGCCCACCAGCAGAAGGUGAACUUUGUGCCCCCACACCCCUCCUCCAUGCCUGUCACAUCAUCCAGUUUCUUUGGAGCUGCCUCUCCCUAUUGGACCUCCCCUGCAGGAAGCAUUUACCCCAACCCCAACGUGCCCCGCCACCCCAACGCCCACGUCACACCGCACUUGGGCAGCUAUUACUAAAUGCUUUGAUCUGCCAGUGGCCUUGAGCAGUCUGUUUGGACUUUUUCUUUACUCCUGGGAUUUGUAUGGUUUUUGGGGGGACCCUUAAUGGAUAAUUGUGGCCUUUCUGGGGAAGAAUUCAAACUGGAUAUUUGUUAUUCCUGGACCAAACCUUUUACUUUUGUAACUUUGCCUCUUGUGUCUUGAACUGAGAGAUGGAAGCUCCUGUGGGCCAGUACUCUGCCUUUUCCUUGGGGUUUAAGGCUUGUGUCCUCUGUAGGAAGUGACAAUGAAGAUGGUUCACCAUUCCCUGGAAUGAUUAUUAGCUUUUGGAUGAGAGAAAUUUUUAAGGAUUCAAAGGCUUUUGACAAGGCAUAGAUUCAGCAGUGGGUCACAGGAAAAGAUAACCACAAUGGGGUUUUUCUCACUGGCCCUUUGACCAUUCAGUGGAGGAUGUUGGGCUGCAGGGCACCACAACUGGAAUCUUAGCUCUAAGGCAGAGGAGGAAUUUCACCCAACUGGAAAUUAAAUAUAUAUAUAUAUAUUCAUAUAUAUAUAUGUACAUGUAUAUUUUAAGAAGUAAAGGGCAUUGAAGGAACUUUCCUAUAGCACAACUUCAUUUGACUGUGUGUGAACUCAGCAAGCAGCAGAAACCAGAACAAAGCUAAGGCAAAGUCAAGCACAGGCAUUCCUGGGAAGCAGAAGGGAAGUGAAUAAACGACAGCAGGUCCCUGGCUCCGCCCGAGCCGCGGGGCUCUGGAAGCACCGAUUCGCGAACGCUGUGCGUUUGUCAGACCGUCAACCAAGGGUCAACAAACCAGAAGGCAAAUUACUGUAUAAAUUAUGCAGAGUUAUUUUUCCCUAUAUCUCACAGUUUUAAAAGAAAGAGUAAAUAAAACGAGUUGACCUCGGUCACAAAUGCAGGUUUGUUUUUUACUAUCAGCUCGGUUGUUUUUUGUUUAUUUUUUUAAUGUAAUUUGUACAUCUUUUCAAUCUGUACAUUUGGGCUGUUGCUUUGUACUUUUUGCUAAAAAAAAAAAAAAAUAAGACACAAGUAAUGUAUCUGUUGGAGAUAGGCUUAGUCCUGCAACUGGAUCCAUGACUGACCCCCAAAGUGGCCAGAAACCCUCCAGAUUGCCCUGGGUUUGUCUAGAGGAGAGGAUUUUCUCCAUUACUCUGUUGUAGCUGUCUGCAAAUUAACUCCACUUACUCCCAUGUUUGCAUUGAGGCUGAUUGAAAACAGGCCCAACAUCUCAAGGCAACCAUUGCACUAUUCUGUGAUCGCUUUUCACCCAAAUCCUGAACUUUGGGAAGAUCUUAACCACUUCAUAGAUAAAAAGAUGAAAUAUUCCUUUUUUUGAUGGCUUCUGCUGGGGGGGUUCUGUGGAAAUCCGACCCCUUCCAGAACUCUGAGCCAUCCCCAGCUUUGCAGAUGUGAAUGUGAUGCUGCACAAGCGGCGGUUUGGUGCCAUAAACAGAGGGUAAACCACAAGCGUUUGGGGUUUGGAACAGAUGUCUGGGGGGUGAGAUUUCCAUGUACAACCCAUUAGCUGACUUGUAUUAAGUGGCAGCCAAUUAACAGGAUCACAACUAUCUAGUCUAGACCAACCCCUGGGACUCUGUGGGGGCGGGAUUUGGUCCAUGUGCAUCCCAUUGCAGGAGGGGAGUCUGAAACCAGAGCAUUGGAGUCUGCUCAGAACAUUAAACACAAGCACUGAUGCCAUUAUUUAACAAAGUGGGAAGAGAAGAUCAAACUAAUACAGUUAGGUCCUAGUGCUUUCGGGGUGUUUUUAAGCAACAUUUCUGCAAUAAUCGCAAAAUUUAAGUAUGAACGAACUACCCAUGGAAAUGGGGCUUUUGCUACUAUAUAUAUGCAAUGUACUUUUUGGAUAUUAAAAUAUAUAUAAUUUUGCAAGCUA